AUGUCGAGCAGCCGAGCCGCCCAGCAACCGAACCGCCCAGCAGCCGAGCCGCCCAGCAGCCGAGCCGCCCAGCAGCCGAGCCGCCCAGCACCGAGCCGCCGAGCCACCGAGCCGCCCAGCAGCCGAGCCGCCAAGCAGCCGAGCCGCCCUGCCACCGAGCCGUCGAGCCGCCCUACUAUCGAGCCGCUGCUGUUCCUACCGUGCGAUAGGGCAGACGGACUCUCUCUAUUCGAUCUCACCUCUGGUGCCUAUCCUGCCCCGCCUGCUACUGCUGACACCACUGUUCGCUCACAGUGGGCCACACGCGAUGCUACUGCUCGCCUUGCUGUGCGUCGCCACUUACCGACCACUAAGCGUGCACACUUUAGCCAGUACAAGAGUGCUCAGACCUUGUACGACGCUGUAGUUGCACGCUACUCUUCCCCUGCCACUGCUGCACUGAGCCGCCUCAUGCUACCGUACCACUUCCCUGAUUUUGCUGCCUUUCCCACAGUCGCUGACCUCAUUACGCACCUCCGCACUAGUGACACUCGCUACCGCGCUGCGCUUCCUGCUGAGUUCUGCGCCAAGAACCCCCCCCCACCCAUGUACAUCACCCUCUACUACAUAGUCACCCGGCUCCCUGACUCUCUCCGCGUAGUCAAGGACCACUUCCUCUCAGUUUGCCCCACCACUCUCACCGUUGACCUCCUCGAGAAGGCCCUCCUACCAGCAGAGAAGAGCAUAGUCGCUGUAGGAGCCUCUCGUGGUGACCCUCGCUCCCCCGUCUUUGAGGGGUGUUCCCCCUCCCCCCUCUUGCCCUCUGUUGCCUCUACUGCUGCGGCCGACCUCGUUGGUUUCGAGUCGGUCGGCGAUGCGUCUGCCCCGAGCGAGAGACGCCGCACCGGCAAGGGCAAGGGGGGCAAGGGCGCUGGAGGGGCUGGCAGGGGCGGUGGAGGUGGUGGUGGAGGCAGUGGAGGGGGUGGGGGUGGUGGUGGGAGUGGUGGCGGGGGUGGAGGUGUCGGUGGCAGCAGUGGAGGCGGAGGAGGCAGCGGCGGAGGCGGAGGGAGCGGAGGCAGCGGAGGUGGUGGAGGCGGCGGAGGCAGCGGAGGUGGCGGAGGCGGCGGCAGCAGCAGUGGAUCUGGUUGCAGCUCUACGCAGAGGAGUGGCUCCGGUGGAGGUACGCGCCAGCAGCAGCAGCGCAGUCGUGAGACCCUGUCCCCUCAGCAGCUUCGUGAGUGGUACGCUGCGCGUCAGCGUGGUGGGGGUACGGGUCCCUGCACCUACGUUCUCAGCACCGGCGACCGCGCUGGUGACCAGUGCGGGGGCCUGCACUCCACCCAGCGCUGCUUCGGCCGCCUGACGGACGCGUGGCAUCACCAGUUCCCUAAGGCCUCUGAGAUCCCUCGCUGGGGAGAGCUGUCUAGGGCGGGGGUUGCUAUCUUUGAUCUUGAUUUUGAUGCUAUUCUUGCUGCCAUGUAUGCUGUUGCUGAUAGUGUUGAGGGUGACUGUUACCUCUGUGUUCCGCCUGACCCGGGCAUUCAGACUGCUGCUCUAGGUGCUGGUGAGGCUGCUGCUCUAGGUGGUAGCGCGUCUGCUGCCCCAGGUGCUGGUGAGUCUUUCCUCUCAGGUACCACACCGCACCACACUUACGUCGCUUAG